UCUGCAACGGUACUGGACACACGGCAUUAUGGGUGCAUCCCAAAGCGACACAUUGAACCUGGGCAAAGCGGACCUCGUGGCGCGAAUUAAGACGCGCUUGGAAUCUGUGGACCCGGCCAAGGCAAAGGAGCUCGGAGGAGUCUACCUAUUUAACAUUAUAAAAGGCACGACCGUCUAUUCCUGGACCCUGGACCUGAACAACGUAAUAGUCUACGAAGGUGCACCAGAAGACGACCCAGACACAACCUUCACCCUGACAGAACAUUACUUCAAGCAGAUGGUUCAGGGUCGAGAGGACCCGAGGGUUAUCAUACAAGCCGGAAGGUGUUCUGUUACGGGGGAUAUCAUGCGGGCUAUGAAACUGGAGCCUUACAUUAAACUACAAUAAGAAUGCAUAUCCAAUAACCGUUCGGUUUUACACUUUAAACUGUCUUGUCAUAAGUGACACACAGAUUCAAAUUCGUAUCCUUGGCAUAAUCAUGGAACAAUAACUCAAGAUGACCGGUAAACUUUAAACUACAGAUCGUAGCUCUGAAUAUGGUCAAAAUACCGUAUACAUCCAGAUGGCGCUGAUCGAUAGCCUGGAAGUAGUUUGUAUUAUGUAAAUGGCAGUGGAUUUCAAUUAAUUCAUCUUUAAUAUGAAAUAGAAGAAGUCAAUUUGUUAUAAUCAUGAACUAAAUUUUUUUUGUGUAACAUCAAAUGACAGGACGAACAAGUCAUGCGCCUG